GUGUUUUUUCUUUGUUUUCGGGGGCGAAGCUUGCUAGCCUGCUUUGUUAGCUUCGAAAGGUUUCGGGAAGAAGUGCAUAGGGGAGUUUCCUGCCAAGUCCGUGAGUGCAGCUUCCGGGUGCGGUUCGUGGGCGCUCAAUGACCACCGCUGCACUGGGGCUGGACGGGGGCGUCACGUCACAGAGCUGCGCCCCAGGGCGGCGCGGCGGCCGGCCGACCGCCAUGACAGGCCGGCCGCGGCCAGGCACAGGGGCACAGUCGCCAGUCGUCACUCGUCAGUCGCUGCAGGACCGCAGCGCGGCGAGCGCCUCGCGCUGUGGCCGCCUCACGGCUCCCUCCGCCUUCCUGGCCGAUCAGCGGGUGCUGUGCUGCUGUACUAACUGGUAACUACUUCUUGGUGAAACGAUGCCGGACGACAGGACUGUCCCAGGAAUCUGCCGCCACUUCAACUCGGCCAAAGGCGGAUGCUAUCGAGAAGACUGUCGAGAAUUUCAUAUUUGCUUUUACUAUGCCACCGGGAGCUGUCGGUUUGGAGAGAAGUGCAGUCGAACCCACCUGCUUACCACAAUGCACAACAAGUCAGUGCUGAAGGCCAACGGCUGGAUCCAUGAGAACCAGCAUCCCAAAGUACUCAAACUGCUGGCGGAAAAAUUCAAAAAAGAUGCUGAAGAGCCCAAAGAGAACAAGGCGGAUGGUUUAACAACCCCUCAGGUGUGCUUCAACUACAACACUCUUGGAUGUGGGAGUGAUAACUGCGCAAACCUGCACCUGUGUCUGAACUUUAUCUUGAAAAAGUGCACUCUCGGAAGCAAAUGUCACCUUGGGCAUGACCUGGUGCGAAGUGAGCAGAAUAUCCGAGUGCUUAGAGCUGCGAAGCUCCUGGAUACUGAGCAGCAAACCAUUAUUGAUAGCCUGAAUAAUAAGUAUACGGCGAUGGCAAAUCAAAGGAACAAAGCAGACCCAAAGAAAAAGGAAGAGCCUGCUUCAAAGCAAAAAGAAAAGUCACAGAAGGCGGUGGAAGAAAAGCACUCAUCAGACAAACAAACUGUUGAGAAAGGCAAGUCGCAAACUGCACCAGUUGCUUGCAUACUCUACAACAAAAAUGGAUGCAACAAGACGUCAUGCCCUUUCCUGCAUGUGUGCUUCAGCUAUAUUAUGGGGACCUGCGACAAAAAAGGACAAUGUCUCAAAGAACACAACAUCUUCAAAGGAGAACAAAACAAGGAGAUACUCAAAAAGUUCAAUCUCCUUGGUGCUAAGGACGUGUUCGCCACGAUCCGUGAAGGGUAUGAGGCCAGAGCGGCGGCGAAGAAGGCCGCGGCCGUCGAGUGCCCGGAGGGUGCCACUGGCGGAGCGGCGCCGCCGUCAGCGCCGCAGCGGGCCGGCGCCGGCGCCCCGGUCAGCCUGACCUGCGCGGUGUGCUGCGAGCCGUUCGUACGCGCCACCACGCUGGGCUGCACGCACACCUUCUGCGAGGGCUGCGUGCGCGACGUGCAGCGCCAGCGGCAGCCGUGCCCGCUGUGCCGCGCGCCGAUCGCCACCGCCGUCCGCUCGCUGGUCAUCGACGACACGGUGGCCGAGUGGUUCGACGGACACGACGAGGAGACGCGCAGCGCCCGGCGACAGCUGGAGGCCGAGCGACGCCGCGCCGCCACCGUGCCCCAGCCGCUCAUGGCGGCAAAGGCUGAACCACCCAGCAGGCCCGGGCGCAAGCCGGCAGCCGACCAGAACAAGCCCCCAGGCAACAAAAAGCCACCGCAACGCCACCGCGCCCAGUCCAAGGGGCGUGGUGCCAAAACCGUGGUCACCACCACCGUCACCUACCAUUGAGCGGUACACGCGGCGGCCGUCUGACGACAGGGGGCAGCCUGUCGCAGACGGAGGCCAUCAUAACCCAUCACUAAAUGGAACCUGUUUGGAUGUGAUCAUCCCAAUGAAGUCUUUGAGCAGUCAGCAUUUUGAGCCCAUGGUCGUCAUUAGAAUUUACUCUCGGUUCUUAACAGUCAACGUUAUAACGCAUUAAUGCCAGAAAUGUUAAGCGAUGGUUUGUUUAGUUCAGAAACAUUAGCAGCGACGAGAAGUAUGCUGCAGUGCGACUUCUGUUGGCGUUCAUGAGGUAUCUAUAUAUUCCUGCCCUACUUUGCUCACAUUGGAGAUCUUUACGAACAGUUCUGAGCCGGCUACCGUCAUUGUAUCGUAGGUUUUCCUUUACAUUCAAAUCCUUCUCUGCAUCAGCGGAUCGGCAUUGGGCUACAUUUUGCUCCAUUCGCUGGUCACGAUCGUCAAAUAACUAAUCAAAAUAUGGAAGGUAACUCCCUUCACACUUGUUUCUUUCGGGCGUACUUGCAAAGUUGCAAUGCAUUGAAUGAUGCACGUUUUGGCCCCAUUUUCUUAAAGUGUGCCGUAUAUUUUCUCUAUACAUUUAAAAACUGAUUGGUAUAAUCGCUCCGAUCGACGUUAGCGAUCACUUAACACUCUCCUGCUUUAUGGUUGUACCACUUGUUUAUGAAAAGAAAACCGGUAUGCCAAAUGUUCCCGUCGCUCUGCCUCUUUGUGAUAGACUAAACAUUAGGCAUACGAGUAUAUGUGCUCUGUCUGCUGUUUCUGCUCUCUCGAGCAAGUCGAGCUUUGCUAUGCUCGCAGAGACAUUCAAUUCAGCUGCAGGUCACAACGGAUAUGAGACAGGCUGCUCAUUUGCUAGCUUUGUCUGUCGACAGAACAGAUGCUCUAUCCGUGAGGUAACGCUCUUUGGUGAUAUCGCGAUCGUUCCGUCGUGUCUACAUAGACAUGGGUACCGCAGUAAAUGCGCCCUACCUGUCUACACAUGCCCACUGUCUUUUCGGUCCUGUACGCGGUGCUGCGCUUUGUGAGCUGUACCCACGCGUUCGAACGGAUGGCUGCGGAGCAGGAGCGCCCGCUCUCGCGGCUAGACGCCUUCGCACAAGACUCGGCUAAAAGACGCACCAGAGCAGCGGAGCAGGAAGACCCGCUCUUGUCCGCAAGACAAGCUGUCACUGAAGGUCAGCUCGACCGCCGCGGCCUGUCUUUUAGGCCGGCGGCCUGUCUGUGUCGCCUGUGUGUAUGGGGGGGGGGGGGGCGCAGCAGUCCCCCCGACCUCCGUGUCCAGUUCCACGGUGUCUGAGCGGUCCUCUCCGAGAAGAUUGCAUUGAUCCCUCGUUCCAUGGCACAGCCGUCAGCGGUCAGUUAACAUCCAAUGGCGCAGGCACAGUGA